AUGUCAGGAACCACAGAUAACGUUUGGGCAAGCGAAUUAGACUAUGAUGUGAACGUAUGGGGAAAUAGCCAAGAUAUUACACAGAAACAAAAGCCCAGGUCUAGCACAUGCGAGUCGAACGAUCAAUUACCUAUUACUGAUGAGAAACAUGAUGCAUUUGACCAGGGGAUAGGUAAACUCGAUUCAAAAGAUUUCAUUUCAGUGAACCCUUCUACUGAGAAGAAUAUUGAUGGAAUUGUUAAAGUUGAACGAAAAGAUAUUACUGACAACAAUACAUGGAUAAAUGCCCAGAGUGCCGAAAUUGGCAACAUCGCCGAAGAUCUGACUACAAAUGGCGAGGCAGCUUCAAUCCCAUACCACAAUGAUGAAAUCGUUGAUGAAUUUGAUGAUGACUUCGGAGAAUUUGAAGAAAUACCAACGGAAAAAUUGACUUUUGAUGCACCUGUCACAAAGCUAUUGUUUUCAAUAUUCCCGGAAGGUGAGAAUAGUUUGAGCCCAGAGAAAGAGACCGACAAUAGUAAGUCUUCACUUCUUACUGAAGGAGGUAUAAUGCCGAUGAAAUGUUAUAACACUAUCGUUGCAGAUGAUCGGCAAUAUUUGUCGGAUAAGAUACCUGUGAUGAACACCCGACAACGUGGCUGUAUAGAAAAAAUGGAAUUGCACAAAGCAGUAUUAGCUAUUGUUGGUGAAUGGAUUUAUGACGAAAAAGGUAUUUACAGAAAGAACGAGGAUGAGUCUACAAAUACCUCUUGGAAAGGUGCUGGUAAGAAUGGCAUCUUUAGGUGGUCUACAAAAACUGAAAAGGAACCAAAAACGGAAGAAGAUAAAAACGAUAGCUUCCGAAUAAGUGAAAGGAAACUUAUCGGCCAAAAACUACUGCAUUCAUCAUUUGAACAAGCUAGGAGGAUUAUAGAAGAGAGAUCAGAGUCUGAGAAAAGGGAAAUGAUGAUGCUAGAAAAAGCCAGGUGGGAAAGGGAGCAAAAACUGAAGAAAGAAAAGCUGAAGAAGGAAGAAGAGCUAGAGAAAUACAAUGUCGAGCAUGUAAAGGUGAGUGACAAGAAAAAAAAAGGGUUUUUUGAAAAGAUGUUUUCAGGCAAGAGCAAGAUUGCAAAAGACCACUUGUCACAUGAAAAGAUAACUCCUGGUGAAAAUGAUAGUCUUGACAAAAACGAACUAUCUUUAAUGGAGCAGUUAGAAAGAGAAGGAUACGACUUAUCGCAAGGUGGAAGUAAGAAGGGAAGAAUCAGAAAGGCUAGGAGCCGAAAAACUGCCGACCACAAUGAUGACGUUUACGAUGACGACGACGAUAGUGAAGAUGACGACGACAACUAUAGUAAUGGUGAUCUGUUUGGUAACACUCCCAACGGAUAUGACGUGUUGGAUCCAAAUGAGAGAGGUGGAUCUGGAAAAGUGCAUGUACUGGGUGCAGAACGAGAUGGAGAAGGAAGCGAUGGUGCUAAUGAAGAAGCCGAAGCUGACAAUACACUCGAGAAUGCUGGCGUCGAGCCGAAUACUCACAGUUCACACGUUCGAGAGUUCGACGCCGAAGAAAGUGCCGAUGAAGAGGGUACAGACCCCGUCGCUGGGUACGCAGAAGGCGGCGAAUCGGCCAGCAGUAACAGCGAAGAUAGUGGUGAGGAAGCUUUUGACGACUACCAGACAUCUGGACCCCCGGCCGGAGAGAAGCCGAAUUUCCAAGCGUCACAACCCAGCCGUGACGAUUACCUCAUCGACCUUUGA